UGCAAUCAUUGCAUGAUUGCAUAUAAGAUUUGGCUCAUGGCUGGUUAAUACUUAAUGGUUUAUUUAUUUAAUUAAAAGAUUAGUCAUAGGUGCAGGUUAUAUUUCCACGACACAGGUCAAGUAGAUUUAAAUUGCAACAAGUUCUAAAGAAAACAUGUCAGGAGACAAAAAGAAAGCCCUAUUCAUUUGCCUAGGCAAUAUCUGUAGGUCACCCAUAGCAGAAGGUGUGUUCCAAAAAACUGUAAAUGAGUUAAAUAAAGGGAGUGAAUGGGAAAUUGAUAGUGCAGCUAUUGGUGGUUGGCAUGUUGGAAAUCCACCCGAUUGGAGAGCUUUAGAUACGUUAAAGAAGCACAAUGUACCUUACAACAACCAUGCUAGACAGUUGAUAAAGGAAGAUUUCAAUAAGUAUGAUUAUAUUUUUGGAAUGGAUGAUGAGAACAUGAAAUCUCUUAACUCAAAAGCUCCUCGAGGUUGCAGGGCUAAACUUCUACUCUUUGGAGAUUAUGAUCCUGAAGGUGACAGAAUUAUAAGGGAUCCAUAUUAUGAUAGUGACUCAGCCGGGUUUGAAAAGUGUUACCAGCAGUCAGUAAGAUGUUCAAAUGGGUUUUUAGAACAAUUAGAAAAAGGAAAUGUUCAGUGAUUAUCAACUUUAAUUGAACAUUAGGUCAUUUAUAAUACAGUUAACUAUUUCCCUGGCAUUAUAAUUUUACACUUUGACAACUAUUUUAUAUUUCUUGCAUAAUUUUUGCUCUUCAGUUUGUUUUUUUAUGGGUAUUUCUGGUGUUUC